CAUGUCCUUGGUUUGCUUUAUAUAUACCAACAGCCACCGGUAGCAAGGAAUCCAUUCAUUCAGAUCUGAAGUACAUCCCCUCUUGUUGUUCUCUUCCCAGCUUGGGUCCUUGAUCAAGUAUUCCUCUCAAGCAAUGACCAGCGGAGGUAUAACCCUACAAAACCUACCCAAGGAACUACCAGUCGACUUUCUCAAGGAAAUUACGAAGAACUUCUCCAAUGAGCUACUACUUGGUACAGGUGCAUUCGGGUCAGUUUAUAAGGGGAUUCUGAAUGAUGGUGGAGUGGUUGCUGUGAAGAGACUCGCUGAAAAUUCACCUGUGCCACGUGACAAAAUAUUUGCGAAUGAGGUUCAGAAUAUUAUGGCCCUUGAACAUGACAAUAUUGUCAAGUUGGUUGCAUACUGCCGUGAAGCAAAUAACAGGUUGGUGCAGAGCAAUGGAAGACACAUUAUUGCAGAGAUAACUGAAACUUUACUCUGCUAUGAAUACUUACCUAAGGGGAGCCUUGACCAGAAUCUUUUUGGUACAUCAGCCAGUAGCAUUGAUUGGAACGAACGCUUCAAAAUAAUAAAGGGGAUCUGCGAAGCUAUACAUUUUCUGCAUACCUUGUCUAGUCCCGUUCUCCAUUUGGGUUUGAAGCCUCAAAAUAUUUUGCUGGAUGGCAACAUGACACCGAAAAUUGCUGAUUUCGGGUUCUCCAGAAUAUUUGGCCAAGAACAAACCCGAAUGAAUACACGAAGUGUUGUGGGAUCGGUUGGAUACAUGGCCCCGGAGUAUCUAUAUAAUGGUGAAAUCUCGGCCCGCUCAGACAUAUAUAGUUUAGGACUAAUCAUCAUGGAGAUCUCCACGAAAGAGAAGAAUAGUCCUAGCACUGACCAGAAGCAUGCAAGGAAUUAUGUUGAUGGAGUAAAAAAAAUUUGGACACCGGAGAAAAUAAUGUCCGAAUACCCCGAUAUAGAAGACCAUUGUACCGAUCAAGUAGAAGAAUGCAUCAACAUUGGUCUACAAUGUGUGGAGAUUGAUCAGCACAAGAGGCCUACCAUACAGAAGAUUGUCAACAUGAUCAAUAAGCUACCAAUGAAUUAGGAGCAAGGUCUUGCAUCCCAGGUGAGGUAAAACAAGAUCCCACAAUGCUACACUAGUACAAGUGUAUUAUGGGAACAUGACCCACUAUUGUGACGUGAUUGUUGAAAUAUUUAAACCUUUCCUUUGGAGUUUUCUUUAUCACAUAUUCUCUUUUUAUCAAGAAAUAAUAGUAUGUGUUGCACAGGUUGUGCCUUUUCAUGUUUCUUCGAGA